AUGGUGACUCUUCCACAACAACAACAUUCCUCCUCUCUUUCACAACAACAUUCCAUUCCUCCUCCACUCUCUCUUUCACAACAACAACAACAACACAACAGAAUAUACAAAGUUGGAGAUUUUCUAGAGUCUCCUUCCUUGUCUAUUAUUAAACAAGGAGCAUUCAAACAAAAGAAUAGUCUUUUUUCAACAUGGAAAGUUCAUUCCUACAUGUUUGAUGGACAUUGUUUGUAUCGUGUGAAACAUCACAACACUUCAGUGGAAGUGAGAGAAAUUUUUCCAUUGAAUACUUCUCUCAAUGUCAAUCGAUAUGACAUUUUAGUGACACAAAUCAUUUCAGCAGAAGACAUUACAGGAAAGAAGAAUACCAUUGGAUUCUUUUUUGAAGAAAAUAAGCAACAGAAACAUUUGAGUCAUUUAGGAGAACAAGCUGCAAAAAUUAUUGCUGAAAUCGAUGAAUUAUUGGAUGAAAAGAAGAAACCAGAAACAACGCUGUUGAGUGAAAACAUGUCAGCAAGUGAAAGAAAAAAGUUAUUAGCUCCUAAAUUCUUAAUGGCAAGUUCUGCAGAUGAGAAAAACCUUUGGAUGAGUAUUUUGACACAACAUUUACAACAAGUCGUGGAAAUGAAUAAUAAUUCCAAUCAAUCACAAGUGAGUGCAAUUUUAUCAACCAUUGAGGCAAUGAUUGAUAUUGUUGUGGUGAGUGAUGCUUUUGGAACCAUCACAGCAUACAAUACACAAGCAGAGAGUUUUUUUGGAUAUAAAAAGAAAGAUGUGAUUGGUAAAGAUAUCAAAAUUUUAAUGCCUUUUGAGGUUGCAAAGAACCAUGAUGAAUUCAUGCAACGAUUUAGAAAAACAGGAAACAAACAUUUAAUUGGAAAACCUCGUGCACUACCUGCCAAGUUAUCCAAUGGUCAAGUUCAAGAAGUGAGAUUGUCUUUGGGAGAAAUUCCAGGAAGUACCGAUCGAGACAAGUAUCGAUUUAUGGCAGUCAUGAGAAGACAAUCAAAUUCAAGUCAUGUCGUCAUGUCACCAAAAUCCAAUCAAAAUGGCUCAUCGACAUGGCAAACACCAAGUCCAAAUUCAUUGACAAAUUCACCAUCACUCACUAUCCAUGCAUCUUCUUCUCAUUCAUCCAAAUCUAAAUUAAUGUCACCUCAAAGUUCAGUUCAUUCCUCCAUUUCUAAUGAUCAUUCUGAUGUGAUAGCUCAAAGAUUAAAUGUUCCUUACUCGGUAGAAGAAGUUAAGGUUUCAAAGAAUCAACAAAUUAAUCAAGAAAUAUUUCAAGCUCAUCAACAUAUUUAUGAAUUGUACAAAUCCAUUCAUUCUACUCUUAACAAAUAUGGUCACAAUGUCAAUCAAAGUUUUAAGAAAGAUUAUUCCUCAUUAGAGAAGAAAUUCCAUCAACUUGAAGAAAAAAUCAAACACUUGGAAAUAUCCAAUGCUCACAUGCUUGCUAAUAUUCAACAUCAGAAAAAGGUCAUUGAUUUUUUAGAAACAAAAACAGAUGUCAUGUACAAGGAAAAACGUCAUUCUGUGCAAACAAAAACAGAAAUGGACAAGUCACAAAAACAACAAGUGCGCAAGUCGCCCAAUUUAGAAACUUUGGGUCUUGAUCCAAAACAACUUGUCUCAUCACCAAGAUCGACACACUUUUUAACGAGUCUUUCAAAUUUAGUGAAGGACCAAGCAGAAUUUACAGAUGUGUUACAGAAUGAUUAUGCCCUUAAAUACUUUAUGAAAUUCUGUGCUCAAGAAUUGUCUCUAGAAAAUGUGAAAUUGUAUUUAUAUUUAACUCGAUUUUAUUUACCAGAAGCAAAGAAAGAUCUUAAAAAAGCAAAAAUUAUGAGACAAUUUGUAAUUGAUACAUUUAUUGUACAUGGUGCACCUUUUGAAGUGAACUUGUCUUCAUUGAAUAGAAAAAAGCUUCUCGAAAAAUACUACAAAUUGAGAGAUUAUGAAAUUGAAAAGGAAUUGGAAGAAAAACAACACAUGGAAGAUUAUAUUCAUAGAACAUCAUCGAGUGGUGGAAAUGCUCAUAGAAGACACAGUCAUCAUUCACAACCACAUGAAGAUGACACUCUUUCUGAUGCAAGUAGUGAAAAUUCAGAAAUGGAAUUACUCUUUGUAGAGAAUGAGACCAAGACAAAAAGUAAUACUUGUCACAAAACAUCACACUCUGUGAGUAGCACUGGAAGUGAUGAUUCUCAUUCCAAAUCUUGUGGUGAAGAAACAAAACAUCAUCUCGAUGAUUCCAGUAGCAGUACUUCUGAAGAUGAUCUUGCAACUGUUCAUGAUUGUUGUGAAGAAGAUGUCACAACGUUGAUGGAUGAAACAAUACCUCCUUGUCCCACCACCACCUCUCAUGAAUCCUCCUCAACCGUUCAAGUGGACUCUACUUUUGAAGAUACUUCUGAAUGUGGUCGUCGUCGUCGUCGUCAAACCAUUCUCGCCAGUUACAUCAAACAAAUGAGAAGAAAAAGUGAUUCAUUUCUUCAUCAACAGAAUUCUUCACAACAACAACAACCACCACCACCACCUCAAUCAUCCAUUAAUGGAACAGAAAGUAAUACUACAAGUAAUACUACUACAGGUAGUGUUUUAUUACACUCUCCCAAUCAAAGUACAUUUCCAACUAUUGCCACUCUCAUCUAUGACUUGGAAGAAGGUGAAAAAUUCUUUGAUGAUCUUCUCCUUCAAAUUAAGGGAGUCAUGAUGGAUACAUUUAUGAGAUUUAUUAGAUCUCAAGAAUAUGUGGAAAUGAAAGAAGAAAUUCGACGCAUUCACAAAGCAGAAAUGGAAUGGAUUCAAAUGAAAUUGAAUUCUUCUCUCAAAUAA